AUGAAUACAAGUGAGACCAUCUUAAUUACCUCUCACAAUAAUAAUAAUAAUUCAUAUCAAACAAAUAAAUUAUCAUAUAAAACAUCAAUUGAUUAUCAAUAUAUAGUAGCUAUUGCUUAUGUAUUUAUUCAAACAACAAUUUGUUCAAUUGGUUUCAUAUUGAAUAUUAUUAAUUUCAGUAUAUUCAUAUGCCGAAAGUUUUCAGCGUCUGCUUAUAUAUUAAUGACAGUUUUAUCACUUGCUGAUGCUAUUACAUUAGGAGUUAGGAUACCUCAAGGUUGUAUUUUCCUUCCACAUUUGAAUCAUCAUGCAACGGAUGCAGCUAUCUAUAUUUAUAUGUACAGUAUAUAUGUUGAAACACCUGUAUCAAAUAUGACCGAAAAUAUCAGUGCAUGGUUAACUGUAGCGCUUGCUAUUGAACGUUAUAUCAGUAUGAAACAUUGGUCUUUAUCAAAACGAUAUUUUACGCGUAAAAGUACACGUCAAUUAAUUGCUUCGAUAUGUAUAAUAGCAUUUAUUUUUAAUAUACCAUAUUUUGCAAUUCAACGAGUAUCAUUAAAAUAUGUUGAUGGUGUAUUACAAUUACAUAGUGAUUUAACUAGUUUUUCACGUUCAACAUAUUAUGCAUUUUAUUCUUGGUUACGUAUUGUAUUUGUUCAAAUUAUUCCAUUAUGUUUCUUAUGUGUUUCAAAUUGUUUAUUAUUUAUACUUGUAUCACAUCAUAAUCGUCGAUUUACCAAUAAUAAAAUGAAGAAUAAUACUAAUAGUAAAGAAAAUAAAUUAUCAAGGAAUAUGUUUAGCAAAUCAAAAACACAUAAACAACAAAUUCAAGUCGAUGAUGCAUCACAAGAUAGUUGUACAGAUGCUAUAAAUUAUUUCGGUGAACAAAAAUUAAUUAAUGAAUCUAAUUUACAGUCAAUUGAAGGAAAUGAACUUGCUAUUCCAGAAAAAAUGAAUAACAAAAAUGAAGUUGAGUUGACUUCCAGAAAGAAUACUCACGAUAAUAAUAAUAAUAGUAAUGAUAAUAAUAAUAGUAGUAUUAAAAUCAAAAGACCAACAUUGAAAGAUCGUUCUAAACAACGAAGGCAAAAUGCCCAAACAAAAUUAACUAUCUUGUUAAUAGCUGUGAUUUUAUUAUUUUUAAUUGGUCAAGUACCUCAAGCAUUAGCUUAUGUUCGAGUAUUUACUACACUUGGUGUAUGCUCUAUUGAUCAAAUACAAACAUGUGUAACUUAUCAUUUAUAUAGAAUGAUAACAAUUAACUUGGCUCAAUUUGCAUUCGCAUCAACAUUUUUUCUUUAUUUAUUUCUUAAUAGAGAUUUUCGAGAAACACUUAGGUAUACUUAUUGUCGUCUGUGUCAAAAAUGUUGUAAAAUUUCUGAAAAUAAUCAAAGAUUAUUAAGAGAAACAAAGUACCUUAGCGAACCACCUUCUAAUCUCCAAAAAUAA